CCUUACGCCGAUAGAAAGCAGUCAACGUUUGAUCAGCAAGUCAGGUGGACAUCAGGAGCAGCAGCCGGUAAGAUACAAAGAGUUACUACAGCAAUCAUGUGCAAGCUGGUCAUCCUUCUCGUGGCGGCCGUGGUCAUCGCCGUCACUCACGCUCACCCACACCCACACUUCCACCCUCCGUGUCCGUCGAUGCACCAUGUGCUGGAAGAGUGUACAUGCACCGGCCCCUACAACGGCUACCCUAGCAUCGUCUGCGAUGGUCACGAUAUGUCCAGCAGCCAAGCGUUCAGCGUCAUGGAGGCGUUGCCCCGUGACGUCACCUACUCUAGCAUCGAGCUGCAUGGGUUCGAUCACAUGGAGGAGGUGCCAGAGCACGUCUUUGACGGCCUGCACUUUGAACACGGAUCACUGAAGAUUGAUGACAGUCACCACCACGGGGUGGCGCCAGUGCUGCAUGCACACUCCUUUGAAGGAAUGUAUCAUCUGGAAGAACUCACGCUUUCCUACUUGAAGUUGACUGGCGUGCCGGCAAUCAUCUUCCAUUCCAUCGAAGACAGCGUCGAAAGGCUGAGUCUGAAGGGCAACGACAUCACGGAGCUAAUCCCUGACGCCUUUCGACUGAACUCUGCACACCCUCGUCGAACUGAAACUUGGGCCGGAGAUGACCUGAUGAGGGGUUUGGACUGA